AUGGCCACUAAAACAAGAGCUCAGAAAAGGAAAUCCAAACCACCCUCUACCCCACCACCAACCAAAAAGAGUACCACUAUCCCAAGCUCUACCCCACAGAUUACCACUGCCCUAAACACUACCCCACCACCAUUGCCUUCACCAGCCACUGUCACUGACCCUACCACCAGCACUACCAAACCAUCAACCAGAACAACAACCAUCCAAAAAUCCAAAAAGCCAACCAAACCCACAUCAGUCGCACCUCCACCCAAGACACAAAAGACCACCACUACCACAAAAUUUGUGCCCAAGUCGAAACCUAUUGCUGUACUGACCCCAAAGACCAAGAAAAAUCCAAUCCCUUCAAUACCCUCUCAGAAAUUUGCUUCUACUUAA